CACGCUUCCGCGAAUCGUUAAGCUUCACAAUUUCAAGCGAAGAGGAUCAAAAAAUCAAUUUUUUUGGAGAAGAACCAGAAAUCACAAAACCCUAGAGGGCUCUCUUCAAAUCAACCAUUAAAACCGCCAAUUCCGUUAUGACAAAGAAGAGAAAGCUCGAAUCUGAAUCCAACGAAACGUCAGAGCCGACGGAGAAGCAGCAGCAGCAAUGUGAAAAAGAGGAUCCGGAAAUCAGAAAUGUUGAUAAUCAAAGAGACGACGACGAACAAGUAGUAGAGCAAGACACACUAAAGGAGAUGCACGAAGAGGAAGCUAAAGGUGAAGAUAACAUAGAAGCGGAGACGUCGUCCGGAUCUGGGAAUCAAGGAAAUGAGGAUGAUGACGAAGAAGAACCUAUUGAGGAUCUAUUGGAACCGUUUUCAAAGGAUCAACUUUUGAUUCUUCUCAAGGAAGCUGCAGAGAGACAUCGCGAUGUAGCUAAUCGAAUCCGGAUUGUGGCGGAUGAAGAUCUUGUUCAUCGUAAGAUCUUCGUUCACGGGCUUGGAUGGGAUACUAAAGCUGAUUCACUUAUCGACGCUUUUAAACAGUACGGAGAGAUUGAAGAUUGCAAAUGUGUGGUUGAUAAGGUAUCUGGGCAAUCUAAAGGUUAUGGCUUUAUCCUCUUUAAGUCAAGGUCUGGUGCUCGUAACGCUCUUAAGCAGCCUCAGAAGAAGAUUGGAACUCGUAUGACUGCGUGCCAGCUGGCGUCUAUAGGACCUGUUCAGGGGAACCCUGUUGUGGCUCCUGCUCAGCAUUUCAAUCCUGAGAAUGUUCAGAGGAAGAUUUAUGUCAGUAACGUUAGUGCAGACAUUGAUCCGCAGAAGUUGCUGGAGUUUUUCUCAAGGUUUGGGGAGAUAGAAGAAGGUCCUUUGGGGCUUGAUAAAGCUACUGGGAGACCUAAAGGUUUCGCUUUGUUUGUCUAUAGAUCCCUAGAAAGUGCCAAGAAGGCAUUGGAGGAGCCACACAAGACUUUUGAAGGCCAUGUCUUGCAUUGCCACAAAGCAAAUGAUGGGCCAAAACAGGUUAAGCAACAUCAACAUAACCAUAACUCUCACAAUCAAAAUUCCCGUUACCAAAGGAACGACAACAAUGGUUAUGGUGCCCCUGGAGGCCAUGGACAUUUCAUAGCUGGUAAUAACCAAGCUGUGCAGGCGUUUAAUCCGGCCAUUGGCCAGGCCCUCACAGCUUUGCUGGCAUCUCAGGGUGCUGGGUUGGGUUUAAACCAAGCAUUUGGGCAGGCUUUGUUGGGGACAUUAGGGACAGCUAGCCCAGGAGCUGUAGGUGGAAUGCCAAGUGGCUAUGGUACUCAAGCAAAUAUCUCACCUGGGGUCUAUCCUGGGUACGGUGCUCAAGCCGGGUACCAGGGCGGUUAUCAGACUCAGCAACCUGGUCAGGGCGGUGCGGGAAGAGGGCAGCAUGGUGCUGGGUAUGGUGGUCCUUACAUGGGUCGUUAGAUUAGCCACUCAGAUAUUCCAAUACAGUACUUUUUAAAAUUGGCCUGGUGAAUCUUCUGAAGUUAUUAAGGAGCUGAUGCAAAUGGAGUUGUUUAGUUUUUGGAUGAAAUGUUACUCUUUCGUGUCUUCAAAAUACAUGACUCUUCAAACCUUUCAAGAAGUUUUAGUUUUCCCCUACUUGUUUUCUCAACUCUUUUUAUGAUAUCCCAAAUACACUGUUCUGAUUUAACAACUAUCGUUUCUGUUUUAAACUUUUGGGAACGUUUUCAUUUGUAAAACUUAAACAGUGUUCCUCAUGGACACACAAACGCUUUCACUAUGUUUGAAUCCGUAUUUUCCAUUUUCUCUUAAUCAGACUCGUUUUUAUUGGUUCUCGCUAUGUUUCGCGGUUUUGUGGAAUUUUUCCAUGCACGUAAUUCCUCUUAAGAUUUUGACCUUGUGAGAGUAUGAUCACACAUCACUAUGCAUAUGUACAUAACGGCUUAUCUUGAUUACCACAUAUUAUAUCUGCUUAAUCCUUAUUCCUCUUGCAGGUAAUUUAAGAGCAAGCUGAACGGUCAACACUUACGCCCAACAAAAAUCUAUGGGGUACCAAAUAUUUGAAUGCCACCUAUCUGCUUUUUCUUUUAUAUAUACUGAAAAGUGAAAAGGGAUGAAUCUAUGAAUUGGUAGCUUUAUAACUAAAGAACGAAUUAAGCAAAAGUUGUUUUCUUGUUUAACUUAGCUAGGCAUCUACCUGAAUCCAAAAGAGCAACUUGUUUUGUUUUGUACUAAUAAGUAUCAACAAGUCUUGACCUGCACAUGUCAAGUUUUUGACUUGAUUUAGAGCAGCUUGUUUCUUGUGUGUCCUUGGAGUUCUCUACUGUUUCUAUAGCUUUGAAUGAGCUUUCCAUUUGACCACAUCUCAAAAAAUUUGGUAAUGUGCCUUAGAAUAACACCGAGUUUGGUAACACAGCUGGAAUUGGUGUUUUGCUGUGGCAUCAUGGGAGCUCUGAAAUGUCUUCCCAGUUAAAGGUGAGUAUAACUGUUUGCAUUGUGAAGAUUUGUAUUAACUAUAGAACAUUGAAUUGAUGGUGUUAAGUUCUUACACAAGCGUGCUUCUCGGUUUGAACUGUUUCUUUUGUAUGUUGAAUCAGAGCUUAGUUUAUAGGAACCAGAGUAUCUACUUAGUCAUUCUCUAAUGCUAAGUGCUAAGGUUCUACCUAGUUGCCCUCUAGGCCCUUAUGUUAUUGAUAACUUAUGAAGCUAUUUGAACACUUGAUUCUUAGGAGACCUAAGUUGGUACAGCCAGAUAGAGUGUAUGUUCUUGUUCUCUAUGUGACAGGAUCAAGCUGCCACACAUAGUUCAAGGGUAUGCUCUGUGUGGGUUUGCUCAGAUUGAGGACAAAUCUAUACAAGGAAGUAGAGUCUUUGACAUUUUGAUGUUGUAUGAUAAGAAGAAGAAAGGAGAGUAAUAAAGAAAGAGAAAAGGGAAACAGAAACACGUGGGAGAACAUCCCAAAGAGGAAGCACACGCGGAUCUUCAUGCAAAGCUCCCCGAUUCUCCCAUGUGGUCCCUUUCUCCCUUUGUCCCCCUCCUCUUUCUUCUUUUCUCAUUUUACUCCUUUUUUUACCAUUAUACAACGAAUCUUUUUUAUCAUAAUUUUUUGGUUUUGGUUUAUUUUCCAAUAACACCUUCUUGGUUACUUCCCAUUCUCACUUUUUCA